AUGUCCUUCUUUCAGGCAUGUUUUGCCCUCUCCAAGGGAGAAAUCGAACCUCUGUUGCUUUUCAUUGUCGCAGUCAAGACACUAUCGAUGAAAUAUCCAGGAGCAUCUGCGAUUACGAUUGCCAAGACAGUUGAUUCGCUUCCUGCUUCUAUGCGUCCGCUCGAUCUAACAGAAAGAGACCUAAGAGAAACAUGGAUCAGGGCAAUAUAUCUAAUAAUGGAUCAUGUAGUCGACGACUUCGACGCUGGGACCAGUGACGACGACGAAGUAGCCGAGACCUACGGCCCUGUAUUGGCCGAUCUCGUGGCUAUCCAUCAAUCGGGCUUGGGAUUGAACAUUAACCAAUUCGUGGAGUCGCGCAGGGAUAUUCUGCUGCCUGUCAAAGAGAAGAAGAACAUCUUGGAACUAGAAAAUGAAACUGAUGGCGAGAACUUUGUGCAACUGGCUGUCGUGACCCAGACCAUCAGAGUACUUUAUACAACACUAGAUAUAUUGUCAGAAGAUGACAACGACGACAAUGUGAAAAGAGACCCAGAGUCGCAAUCGGAAUCUCCAUUGCCUUUUGAGAAGAAGGAGAAGAAGAAAAAGGGUGGAACGGGAUUUGCAUAA